AUGACUUACAGAGCAUCUCGAUUGAGACACCAUAGGGUUGCACAACAUGCUUAUGUGCAAAGAGAAAGGAUUCAGACAACCCAACCUAUUCCUGUAUCUGGACAGGCUGUACCAGAUGCACCACAUACAUCUUCAUCUUCUGGUGUUACUGAUGCUAGUCCUACUACUUCUCCACCCGGUCCUCCCGCAGACGCGCUUCUCCACCGACAUCAUUUGAGGCGGGAGAGACCUCUGGAACGUGAUACGCUCAAGGUCAUUAGCCAUGGGCGAACGAUUAGUACACUGAUACCACCUGUUAAGCCAUGGUUUGAGGAACUUUUACUGCUUUCAGGGUUGAAAGAUUUGGCAAAGUGUGGAUACAGUAUGGUCAACAAAGGUAUGAUUAACGCUUUCUUUGAGAGGUGGCACCAUGAGACGUCGUCGUUUCACAUACCACAUGGUGAGAUGACGAUCACACUCGACGACGUCACGUGUCUGCUGCAUCUUCAGAUCAGAGGGAGAUUUUUGGAUCAUGAGAGUAUUGGUAAAGAGGAGGUGUUGGAUCUGUUGGUUGAGAUGUUAGGAGUUACCUUUGAGAGUGCAUUGGGAGAGAUUAAUAAAACCCGAGGUAGUCACGUCAGUUAUAAUUAUUUGGAUCAGAUGUUCGAGGAUGAGAUACAGCAUGCACGAGAGGCUGAUGGUGAUGUCGAGCAGGUUACAAUUCAUAGGAGGUUUGCUAUGAGAGCAAACCUUUUGUAUCUUGUUGGUACACAGAUUUUUGUGAACACUAGUGCCACUUACACUGAUAUCAUGUACCUUUGGUUUUUUGCUGAUUUUGAGACGAUCCACCAGUGGAACUGGGGGGCUUCUUGCCUGGUAUACUUGCACACGAAGUUAGAUGAAGGGAUUAAGUGGAACACAAAGCAGAUAACCGACAACAUGUCACUCAUGACGAUAUAA